AUGGCUAGAGGAGGUCGCGGCGGCAGUCGCAAGCCAUUUCGCGGUAAAGGCAAAGGUCGUGGAGGCGGCGGCGGAGGUGGUAGUAGAGACACCCGCUCAGAGCCAUGGUCCACCAUUGAGCGCAAGAAUGAGCUCUUCGAAAGCUACUACCGUAUGGGUGGCUUUCUCGAAGAAUCUGAGUUCGAAGAAAUGUGGAAGACGCUCCAGGCCGACCUGCCAAACAGCUUCCGCUUCACGGGCACAAAGUCCGAUGCGCUUGCCGUGCGCGAAAUCUUCAAGCAACGUUAUAUCCCCGCAAUCGCCGAUAAAAAGUUCGAGGGCAAGCCUGUGCCACCUCCAGAGGCUGUCCAGGCCUUCCCGGAUGAGCUGGUGUGGCAUAUGAAGACGCACAAGAAGAUUAUUCGACGACAUGCGCCCUUUGCUGAUUUCCAAAAGUUCCUCGUCGCCGAAGCAGCAUCCGGAAACAUUAGCAGACAGGAGGUUGUUAGUAUGAUUCCACCACAUUUCCUCGAUGUUAAGCCAGGCAUGGUGGUCUUGGACAUGUGUGCUGCGCCAGGAAGUAAAUCUGCGCAGCUUGCCGAGAUGAUCCACGGCGACGAGGAGGAGCGCGUAAGACGUGUCGCAAAUGGCGAUACUGUCAAUCUCACCGAGGAAGGCGACUACAGCGAUGACGGCCGAUCCACUGGCCUGCUUAUUGCAAACGACACCGACUACAAGCGCGCUGGGAUGUUGGUGCAUCAAGUAAAACGCCUCAAUUUUCCUAAUUUGAUUGUCACUCAGCACGAUGCUUCGAUAUUCCCCUCGAUCGAGCUUCCUAGUGAAAACGGCCAGAAGAAACAAUACCUCAAGUACGACCGUAUCCUGGCCGAUGUGCCCUGCUCUGGCGACGGUACCGCUCGCAAGAACCCCAACGUUUGGCAGAAGUGGACACCCAAGGAUGGACUUGGUCUGCACAAUCUGCAAUUGCGCAUUCUCUUCCGAGGGCUACAAAUGCUCAAGAAGGGGGGUCGCAUGGUCUACUCGACCUGCAGUAUGAACCCCGUAGAGAAUGAAGCCGUCAUCGCUGCUGCCAUUGAGGCCUGCGGAGGAACUUCAAAGGUGCAACUCGUAGACUGCUCCGAUCAUCUCCCCAAUCUCAAGCGCAAGCCGGGGUUAAACAUUUGGAAAGUCCUCGACACCUCGUCCAUCACAGCAGGAGGUGAGAAGACUGCGCAUAUGUUCACUUCAUGGGAGGCCUACCAGAAGGCCAGGGCGAAGUAUGAGGUUGAGGAGCCCGAGCGCCAGUUCUCCACCAAGGUCACCGCUAGCUGCUUUCCUCCAAUGGCCAAAUCUGAAGAGGAGCGCAUCCCACUCGAGAGGUGUAUUCGUGUUUACCCUCAUCAGCAGGAUACCGGAGGCUUUUUCAUUGCAGUCAUCGAAAAGCUGGACGAUAUCAAGGUUUCACAAGUGCAGAACCCAGAGGGCGCAGCGAAAGCCGAGAAGAAACAGAACCAGGUAGAGACCACGACUGACUCCACCGUCCCCAUCCCCACGGAGAACGUCAUAGAGGGAGAUGUCACCAUGGGCGAGUCCGAAGAGGUUCCCGAUGCAGCAGCCACCCUGAAACGUAAGUUGGAUGAGAACAUGGAGAACGGCGCUCCGAAGAAGACCAAGACCUCGGAAGAACCAGUCACUAAGUCGACAGAAAACGGCUCAGCCGCCAAGGAGGUAGAAGAGACCGGAACGCAACCCACAACACCCAAGGAACCAACGACGACCCUGUCAUCGCCAACAUUAUGGACUUCUUUGGCAUCUCCCCGCGCUUCCCUCGCGACCGCUUCAUGUCAAAGAACAAGGAGGGGCUUGUCGCUGAACAAGAUAUACUACACCUCUGCCUUUGCCCGGACCAUCAUCUCCACCAACAAGGACCGUGGCAUGCGCUUCAUCCACUGCGGUGUCGUCAUGUUUGUCGCGCACAAGAUCAAAGACAAAGAUUACACACACGCCCCCUGGCGCCUGCAAAACGAGGGCAUCCGCAUCAUCGAACCAUGGGCCAGCAAGCGCAUCGUCAACUGCACCAGCAAAGCAACGCUCCACCAACUGCUGUGCGAAAUGUUCCCCAAGCUACCCAAGGAGGGCGACACAGGCCUCGGCGAGGUCGGCGACCAGCUACAGAAAAUGGAUGUGGGAUGCGCCUUUGUCCGCAUCGAGGCAAACGAAAAGGAAGGCAUCCCAUACCGCAUCGUCCUGCCCAUUUGGAGACACCCCGGUAGCGCCAAUCUAAUGGUCGACAAGGACGAGCGCAAGGCCAUGCUCCUGCGCCUCUUCAACGAAAAGGACACGGAGAUUAUCAAUCAUGUCGCUGACAAGGCUCGGGCGGAAGCUGAAGCUGAAGCCGAGGCCGCGAGGGAAGACGCUGCGGAGACAAAGGUCGAGUCCAGGGACGCUGAUGCUGAUGCCAGUGAUGCUGAGCAGGUGGAUGAGAUCACGAUUGCGGAGAAGGAGGAAGGCGCGAUGAAUGUCGAUGUCCAGGCUGACGCUUAG